GCCCGGCUUUGCUGCAGUAGGAGCCGCCUCUUCUCCUAUCCUCCCCCUGACCCCGCCGGCCUGUCUGGUUGUCGUCUGCUUUCGUUGCGUUUGCCCUGUACCACCAUGGCCCCCUCCUUUCGUUCGAACCCGAACCGAUCGAGCCGGGACGAGGAGGAUUUCUCUCAGGCGAGAGGAGAUAGGAAGGCAAGGAAGCCGCUCGUGGAGAAGAAGCGGCGAGCGCGAAUUAACGAAAGCCUGCAGGAGCUGCGUCUCAUCUUGGCGGAAACCGAGUUCCAGACGAAGAUGGAGAACGCCGAGGUGCUGGAGCUGACGGUGAAGCGAGUGCAGGGGAUUCUGCAGAGCAGGUCGCGAGAUAGUGACAAACUGCAGCGAGAGGCCAGUGAACGCUUCGCAGCUGGGUACAUUCAGUGCAUGCAUGAAGUUCAUACAUUCGUCUCCAGUUGCCCUGGGAUUGAUUCUACCAUUGCAGCAGAGCUCUUGAAUCACCUUCUGGAGUCGAUGCCUCUGAAUGAAGGCAGUUUCCAGGACCUGAUUGUGGAUGUCUUAUCAGAUCCCUCCAUCAGCCAGUGGCCAAGUGGUGAUGGGCUUUCUCAGAUGCCUGGAGGAUCACGUGGAGCUUUAAGCCUGUCCAAUCUCACUUCAUCUCUUCCUUCACCUUCCUCCAGUGAAGAGAUUUGCUCGGAUCUGGAAGACACAGAGGCUGAGCAAAGCCACAUCUCUUUGGAUGGACUGGACAGGUCUAGGAUGCAAAAUGUGCCUUCCUCCAGCCUUUCCAAAUCUCUGUGGAGACCAUGGUAAUAAACUUCACAAGAACCAACGAAGAUCUACCUAAUAGGGAGAAUACUCGAGCACUGUGUUCUUCUAGCCAUUGGAAUACAGACGGUGAGGAUUUCAGAUAGUGCAUUGUGUCAUAAAAUUACUGUAUUCAGGACUGUAUAGCUGGCACUCUUGCACUGUCAAAUCCUGACAGGUUAAAUUGCUAAGUGAGUUAACAUUUGAUCUGUGAGUAUGAAAAAUGAAUUUUGUAUGUCUUUGUUUUCUUAAUUAUUACUAGGGGUGGGGGGUUAAAAGAUUUGGAAGUGUGUGCAAAAGAGCUCUUUUGUUGAUGCACAGCACUGUUUUGCAACUUACCUUUUUCUUGGGGGGAUAUAGUAAGUGCCUCCGAUACUGUGUCUUUUUGGUUAUGAAAAAGCCCUUGUGGAUCUGAGAACUUGGUGGUUUAAUCCAAUUAAAGCUAUGGAGUAAAGCAUUAAUGCAGAACUUCAUAUAUUUUACUGAUAGAUUUUUUUAAAAAAAACCAGGAAAAUCCCUGAAAGGGAUUGGUGAAGCUAGUUUCUUGAUGAGUUUAGUAUUCUAGGAUUUCUCCUUCAGUGAAGGAAGAGGAAACUGGAAGCUAGGAUUGCAUUAGGUAAGCUUUUAAAAUGUUGGUGGCAGGGUGCCUUCUAGAAAUGUAUUUUGUGCAUAUCCAGCACAUAAGAAUUUAAUGUGGUAUGUAUAUUAGCUUGUCAAAUUUUUAUUUUAAUCUUUUUUUUAAAAUAAAAGUUCACUGAUUGCAUGUAUUUUAAGGGACAACAUUUCUGCUGUACAAAUUCAGUUCCAUGUUAGUGAUUUAACAAAUAUGUAUCCUUGAGUGCAAACAUUGGUAAUUAAGCACUUAAUUCUUGUACUGAACUUGUCUGUUCAAGUCCAGAGAAGCUGGAAUGUUUCAUUUGUUCUUGGGCUAGUCUAAUAAUUCAGCACACUGAAUUCCUUAGAUUUGUUCUGCGGCUUCCAGAUACGAUCAUUCUUAAAAAUAUAUGCCAGCAGAUUCUCAAGCUAUCAUAAGCGUGCUCAUUUAGAAGCAAGGUUUACUGUGCUUGCUCCUAAGUAAAUGUGUGUCGAAAGCAACUUCAAUAACUCAGUUUGAUGACAGUUUGGACAAAUGAAACCUGGUUGUAUGGAAAUCAGUUAAUGACACGUAAUUGUUCAGAAAGCUUAAAACUUUUUUUUUUAAAUCUCCCACUGCAUCCUUCCUCAUGCAACUUGUCUUUGAAGAAAAGAUGUAUGAGUACUUCUGCUGUUUUUCCAGAAAGUCUUCAUUCUAGCAUAAAUAUCUGUGGCAGUCUUCUCAGCCUGGUAUUCUCUGUUUCCUUUAUCCUCAGCCAGUACAUCGAGCACUGAGGCUUGAGAUCCAUUGCAUUGGGGGCACACCAGAUUGCAGAAGCUGUAAACUUAUGAAAGUGCCCCAAUUUAGGAAAAGGGAGGAAUAAACGUGUAAGCUGUGGGCUGUCUGUGUAAUAUUUCUUUUGUUAACCAUGUGGAAUAAUAAAAAGUGGAAACAAAAUUGA